UAUAUCGACUCACUUCCCUGAAAGCUGCUGCUCAGAUGAGAAAAUGGCUCAGAAAGGAGCUCAUCUUUCUUCAGAGAAUAUUUCUUGUUCCAUCUGUCUGGAUCCACUGAAGGAUCCGGUGACUCUUUCCUGUGGACACAGCUACUGUAUGGUCUGUAUUAAAGCCCACUGGGAUGGAGAGGACCAGAGGAGAAUCUACAGCUGCCCUCAGUGCAGGAAGACUUUCACACCGAGGCCUAACCUGGAGAAAAACGUCCUGUUGGCAGAAUUAGUGGAGCAGCUGAAGAACACUGGACUCCAAGCUGCUGCUGCUGAUCACUGCUAUGCUGGAGAUGAAGAUGUGUCCUGUGAUUUCUGCACCGGGAGGAAGAUGAAGGCUGUUAAGUCCUGUUUAUUCUGUCUGGCCUCCUACUGUAAAAAUCACCUUCAGCCUCACUAUGAAUCUCCAGCAUUCAAGAAGCACCAGCUGGUGGAACCCUCCAAGAACCUCCAGGAGAACAUCUGUUCUCGUCAUGACAGGGUGGUGGAGAUUUUUUGUCGCACUGAUCAGCAGUUGAUCUGUUAUCUCUGCUCUGUGGAUGAACAUAAAGGCCACGACACGGUUUCAGCUGCAGCAGAAAGGACCGAGAAGCAGAAGAAGCUCCAGACGAGUCGACUAAACAUCCAGCAGAGAAUCCAGAGCAGAGAAGAAGACGUGAAGCUGCUCCAACAGCAGGUGAAGAACAUCAACGUCUCUGCUGAUAAAACAGUGGAGGAUAGUGAGAAGAUGUUCACCCAGAUGAUCCAACUCAUCCAGAAAAGAAGCCAAGAUGUGGAGCAGCAGAUCAGAUCCCUGCAAGAGACUGAAGUGAGUCGAGUCAAAGAUCUUCAGGAGACACUGGAGCAGGAGAUCAGUGAUCUGAAGAGGAAAGACGCUGAGCUGAAGCGGAUCUCAGAUACACGAGAUCACAACCAGUUUCUCCUCAACUACUCCUCAGAGUCAGCAGUCGGUGAGUCCACACACUCAUCCAGCAUCAACACCAGCGUUCAAGAAGACUUUAAGGACAUGACAGCAGCUGUGAAACAGCUCAAAGAUAAACUACAGGAUGUUCUGAGGGACUCAUGGACAAACAUCUCAUUGAUAGUCCCUCAACCAGAUGUUUUACAGCCACAACCAGAACCAAAGACCAGAGCUGGACUCUUAAAAUAUUCACGACAAAUCACUCUGGAUCCAAACACAGCAAACAGACGGCUGUUAUUAUCUGAUGAGAAAAGAAAAGUAACAGUAAUGGAUCAACAUCAGCCUUAUCCUGAUCAUCCAGACAGAUUCACUGGAUGUCUUCAGGUCCUGAGUAAAGAGAGUCUGACUGGACGUUGUUACUGGGAGGUGGAGUGUAGCAGAGGAUUUAUAGUAGCAGUUUCAUACAAAAAUAUCAGCAGAACUGGGAGCUCAAAUGACUAUCUCUUUGGACGCAAUGACAAAUCUUGGUCUCUCCAAUGUGACAACAGUUACUCAUUUUGCUACAACAACAGUAGAACUGUCCUCACAGGUCCCAAGUCCUCCAGAGUUGGAGUUUAUCUGGAUCACAGUGCAGGUAUUGUGUCCUUCUACAGCAUCUCUGAAACCGUGACUCUCCUCCACAGAGUCCAGACCACAUUCACUCAACCGCUACAUGCUGGAGUUUACCCCUACAAGAACGGAUCCACUGCAGAGUUCAUUAAACUCACAUAGACUGAAGUCCUUUAAAGGACAGCUGGUUAAAAUGUUUUAGUUUCCAGAUCAUUUGGUCUCCAACAUUGUAAACUAUAAAACAUUCAACAACAUAAAACAGUCUGAACAGUUUUUAACUGUAAUUACUUGAACCAUUUAUUGUUAUUUCACAGACUUUCCCUGUUUUGAUAAAUCAAAGAUAAAAUCGAGUAACGGACAAAAAAUAGGCCAAAACUAUAAAUAAUGUCUACACUAAUAA